UACACAAUCGCCAAUCAGCUGAUUUCGGAGGUUACCAUGGUAACAGUGAAGCAUUUCAGAUUGAAGUGAAACGUGCAAACAAAUUUUAACACUGAGAACAUUUAUCUAAUAAGAUUCUCCAGUAAAAAAAAUCUCCAAGAUGGUGGAUGUUACAGUAGAUAAUUUUCCUCAGCUUCUUCCGCAAAUAUUAGAAGACAUAAAGACAGCAGCUUUCAUCUCACUUGACACUGAGUUCACAGGACUUUUGGCUGAUGCUGCUUUUAAGGGAAGCCUAUUCGAUGAUGGAUUGCAAAGGUACCAGAAACUUUCCUGUAAUAUUCGUAAAUUCAUGAUCUGCCAGAUGGGAAUGGCUGUCUUCAAGGGAAUUCCUCACACAAACGGGUAUACUGUGACCUCAUACAACUUUUACCUCCGUCCCCACUCUUGCACAUCCUUUGAUCCAACUUUCAUGUGCCAGACAUCAAGCUUAGAAUUUUUACAGAGAUUCAAAUUUGACUUCAACAAGUGGUUGUAUGGAGGCAUCACUUCAAUGAAUACUGAUGAAGAAAAUGAGCUAUGUACAACAUUGUCAUCUGUUAUCAAAGGUCAAAAGAUAGUUGACCUUCCAUAUACAGUACGAGAUCAGGUAAAUGACCUUGGAGUGUGGGCAGUAUCAGCAAAUGAAGGUGAUACUACUACUGUAACAAAUCUAUCAGAGGCUACGUUUCAGUUCAUGCUGGUUGUCAGUGUGCGUCACAGAUUUUCUGAUUUGUGGGCUUCAAUGCAAAAUGGAGAGGUACUAAUUCAGAAAGUGACAGAGGAUAGUCGGCAAAAGCUGGAAAUGCAAGAUCCAGGUGGAAAGAAGUUGAUGGAAUAUUUUGUAGACAGAAUGCUUGGAUUUACAAAGAUUUUCCGGUACCUGGUAGAUACUCAGAAGCCCAUUGUUCUUCAUAAUUGUCUUCUUGACCUGAUGCUACUUUAUAAGCAAUUUUACAAACAUCUGCCAAGAUCCUAUCAUACUUUCAAAACAGAUAUGCACCAGCUCUUCCCCACUAUAUACGAUACAAAACUGAUAGCAGCUGAAAUUAAGAGCAGCCUAAAACAAGCUGAUGAUAAAGGUGGCAGUCUUCUAGGAAACUCCAGUUUGAGUGAUCUGGCAACAUCUUUGAAAAGAGACCACACAGCUUUGUAUAAACCAUCAAUUCAUCAUGUGCCAAAGACAAAUAAGUACAAUGGGGAGGAGAUGAUGCUACAUGAGGCUGGUUAUGAUGCAUAUUUAACUGGAUCCAGCUUUCUUUAUUUAGCACAUCUCUAUGCUAUGCUGCAGUUGCCCUCUAAACAACAGCAUCGUCCCAUGAGUCCGCGAGAACACGUUCAUGCUUUAAAAAGUUUUGCGAAUCGAGUCCAGAUGCAAAAGAGCAGCUAUUCCAUACAUGGAGUUUAAUGGCCAUGAUCCCAAAUCCAAGCGUCCUCCUUGGCUGGUGAUUGAGAGUCAUCCCAAGACUACAGGCUUUUCACCUAGCUAUGUGUCCAGUAUAUUGGCUCAGUAUGGUUUCGUUGAUGUUGUGCCACGGGAUAACAAGUCUGUUUUAGUUGCAGCAGCAUCAUGGGACAGCACAAGAGAAAUUCUUAAAACUUUUAGAAAAGGUGGAACCUUAAAGGCAUCAAGAUACAGUAAGCUGAAGCACUCACCCUUCAUAAGAUCUCUUGCUUGGUCAGGUGCCUUAGUGUCUGCAGGUUUAAGUAGUUGGCUUAUCUACAGCACAUUUAAGAAGGCCUCUUCCUGAAAUGUUGUAUAAAAAUGAGGGUAUAACAUGUAAUGCUUCUUCUCUUUUCUGUAUAGAUGUAUUAUGCAUUUUCUGUAUAGAUGUAUAAAAAAAUAUGUAAAUAGCAGCAGAGCAAUAAAUAUGUGAAUAUAUUGUUAAUUGUUUUUGCUCAUUCAUAAAUCAAGUCUUUUGUUUGAUGUUUCAAGUGUGUUCAUUUGUGAAUUUUUGGGCCCUUAACAAGCUGUACUCAUGUUGAGGUACCAAAGACAUGAUACCAGUAACACAAGUUGCAAGGUUUAAGUGAUGGAUCAGCAGACAGGUUAUUUAUGAUCCAUGAGGAACAAAAAUGGGAAUAGUAUGAAAUGAACACCUGCAUAUCUUAGAGAGGAAAACAGUCAGAAGAGCCACAUUUGUAUGUCAUGAUAAUUAUGCAUUUAAAUGUAGAUUAUUUAUAAAUAUUGAUUAGUACUUAUCUUGUUUUAUGUAUAUAUUUCAACAUAUAUAAAUUUUUGUUUCACUCUGUAUGUUUGCAUACAUGUUUUCAAGGAGUAAUUAAUUGUCUGUCUUUAAAAAUAUAUAUAUUUUAUGAUUUCAGAUUACAGUCUGUAAUCAUUUUCUGAUACAGUGACAGUAUUUUUACUUUGUAAUAACUUGGAGCUUGGUUUCAUGUUAGAUAUUGGGACAUACUUCUUGAUUUAACAACAUAAAAAAAUAAU